GGCUCUGGUGCUCGAUUCUGAUCUGAAUGUGCUGAUUUCCACUUGCGUAGAUUUGAUUGAUUUGGUUUCUAGAGUUCGUGACUCCCCGAUUCUCUCGUUGCAAGAUCCAAUGAUGAUGGCUAUAAAUCCUCCAGGAUAUGACGUUAAUCUUGAAGGCCAUGUUCGAUACGUCAUGUAUGAAUUCUUCCCAGGGCAAGGUACCUUCACAACCGCUCAAGAGUUUGAAAAUGUCGAUGAUGCUAAGAGACUACGAUGUUCAGAACAGCCAUGACUCAAGUUAUCUCAUGCCCAUCGACCUAUGUGAGAAACACGAAGACGAGCAUGUUCUGAUCUUCCCAAAACUUAUGAGGCCGUUUGGUAUCUGGGUGAAAGAACAUGCUGAAGGUGAAGUUACAGACGCCGAUAUGUGGGUGUUACUGAAGAAGAUUGGACAAAGCAUGAGGUACUUGUCGUCGAAACGAGCUCACGGCAAUCUCCGUAGAGGCAUAGGAGUAACAGCGCAGGUUGGAAGUUACUUUUUUAAUCUGGGUGAUGCUAGACACUCUGGGAGGUACUGCAAAGACUUCAAGGAGUUGCAUCGUUUGCUUAGAAGGAUUUUGCCUAGCUUGGCGGACCCUUCCAUAAAAAGAAAGGUUGAGAUGUGGGCUACAUUUCUGUCAGAAAGUUGUUUGCAGGAUUCUGCCUGUCGUAAUCCGAACCAUGUUAGGUUGAUAGCGAAUUAUCCGAGCUCCUGUGACAUUGAUGAGCACCUCCAGUUCUUGGCCAAUAUGAAUAGCCUAUGCUCAAUUAAGUACAUGGAAGGCAAUUUGUUAAGAAACAGAGCUUUUAAAAAACAUCUCAUGGGUUUUUAUUCUCAGUGGAACCAAUGCUUUAUUUCUGGUCAAAAUACUGGAGGUUUAAACUUGGUGUAUCAACACGGUCGUCGUCGAGGAAAGUAUGUGGACAGGUCUGGGAUACUAUGCGUGCCGAGCAUUGUUAUAUUUGCCCAGAGUGCUAUUGAACGCUACAUGCAGAGGGCAGAAAAAUAUAACAUUAAACACAAAUCAGAAAAUCCUCAGCACCCUGACCAUAUCAACCCAUAUCUUCUUUCCAGUGAAAUCCUUGCCGAAUUGGAGAUAGAGUUUCCUCAUUUGAUCGAGAACAUCUAUGGAGCAUAUUACAAAGCUGUAGCAAAGGGCUAUAAACAUACCAGCUAGUCAGCUACACUAUUGAGCAAGUAUUAACCGUACCAUGUUAAGAGGUAGUACACACUUCUACCGAUGAAAGCUUUUCACGAAAGAAAGAGAACAAGGGAAGGUCAGAAGAGGCUCUAGAAAUUAAGAAAUUUUUGGAUGGAUUCUGAAGAGUAUGCAGCCAUCUCUGUUGUAACAUCUUGGAUCCUUAAAAUUUCUGUUGAGAGUUGAAAUCUAUGUUUGGAUGCUUUAACAAACAUGAUAGUCAUGUCUUCCUUGGACU